AGUCCUCAAGCUAUCUUCAAAGAUCCAUUUAGGAGGGGCAACAAUAUUCUUGUGAGUUCUAUGUCACUAACCAUUUUUUUUCUGCAUUUUUUUCUUUAGUUCUUGUUUCAAUACCCUGGAGUUGACUUCUUUAAGUCUAUGCUGCUAUUCAGGUCAUGUGUGAUACAUACACUCCAGCAGGAGAGCCAAUCCCAACAAACAAGAGACAUGCUGCUGCAAAGAUAUUUAGCCAUCCUGAUGUUGUCGUUGAAGAACCCUGGUAUCUACUGCUUCAUUUUUUACCUUCAGUGGUAGCUUGAAUACUGAGCCUUGUGUGUUUUCUAUGAACCAUGUGAUUUACUUUCAACAUUACAUAGGUAUGGCAUUGAGCAAGAGUACACACUGUUGCAGAAGGAUGUUAAGUGGCCUAUUGGAUGGCCUGUUGGUGGCUACCCUGGACCUCAGGUAUUGAUAAUUUCUUCCUUUUAAUGGCUAUAUACUCCAUGUUAUCCUGAAAAUUCCACAUCAAUUGGCAAUAGCCCUCAUUGAUUAUGUUAUUAAUAUAAUUGAUAUGUGAUUUGAUGUUUUGGAUUCUGCUUCACAGGGACCAUACUACUGUGGUAUUGGUGCUGACAAGGCUUUUGGGCGCGACGUUGUUGAUUCGCAUUACAAAGCUUGUUUAUAUGCAGGCAUCAAUAUCAGUGGAAUCAAUGGAGAAGUGAUGC